AUGCACAUGAAAACAGUGCUCAUCCUCCUCAUUCUGGCUUUAGCCACGAUAUUUGCUUUAGUCUGUGUGUUGCUGACCAGAGGAGGGGCCCCCAGCACCUGCCAGCACCAGCCCCCUGAGCAGGAGGACACCGAUGACGGCCAGAGCCUGGUCUUUGCCGAUCUGACGCCCGAAGAGAUGGUGCAAGUGGUGCGGUACCUGCAGGGAAACCUUGGGGUGCAGCUGGUUGAUGCCUCGCGUGCAAAGCCCUCUGACAACUGCAUCGCCUCAAUCGACAUGCAGGUCCCCGCCAAGGCAGAGGUGCUGCGGUUCCUGGAUGGUGGGGGGCCUCGCCCCCCCCGGGAGGCGCUGGCUGUGCUGUACUUUGGGAACCAGCCAGACCCCAACGUCACGGAGUAUGUGGUGGGUCCGCUGCCAACGCCGGUGUAUCACCGGGACGUCACAGUGCAGAAGUAUGGGGGGAAGGUGCCAUACCACCGCAGACCAACACUGGCUGUUGAAUACAAACAGAUUGCAGGGUUUUUAAAAAGCCAAGUGUUCCCCACGGCUCCAUCUUUCAUGCGUCAAGUAAUGGAGUAUGAUGGAGCCAGUCUAGCAGCCCUGACAGCUGCUCCCCGUGGAUUCCAGUCUGGAGAUCGGAUCACCUGGUUUGUUUUGUUUCAGAAUGUGAGUGGGUUCUUUGUGCACCCGGUGGGGCUGGAGGUGCUGGUGGACCACAGCAGCCUGGACAUCUCCCGGUGGUCAGUGAGCAGGGUCUUCUACAACGGGCAGUACUACAGGGACAUGGUUCAGCUGGAGAGUGCCUAUGUGCAGGGUCGCAUCAGCGUGGAGAAGGUGGGGAAAGCACCGCGGGAUGGGGACUUCUCGUCCAUGAAGCCCCGAGCACCUUCGGCUGCGCUGUUCCCUCUGCAGUAUGAGCCCCAGGGUCCCCGCUACAGCAUCAGGAACAACCACGUCCUCUUCCAGGCCUGGAGCUUUGCCUUUGGGAUGAGCGUGAACAGGGGCCUGCGCCUGUUUGACAUCCGACACAAGGGGGAGAGGGUUGCCUAUGAAAUCAGUGUCCAAGAGGCGUUGUCAGUAUAUGGCUCCAACUGCCCUGGAGGGAUGUCCACGAGGUACAUGGAUGGGAGCUUUGGCAUUGGGCGCUACACCUCCCCCUUGGUGCGAGGGGUUGACUGCCCCUAUUUAGCAACGUACCUGGAUGUGCACUACCUUGCUCAUUCCCAGGUCUCUAGAAUUAGUAAAAAUGCCGUCUGCAUUUUUGAGCAGAACCUGGGCUCUCCUCUGAGGCGCCACUACUCCAACUUGCAGUCGCUCUACUACGGGGGACUGGUCAACUCUGCUCUGGUGAUUCGGUCCAUUGCAACUGUGGGCAACUAUGACUACGUGUGGGACUUCAUCUUCUAUCAGAGCGGGGCCAUUGAAGGCAAGGUCCAGGCCACGGGGUAUGCGAGCUCAUCCUUUCUCCACGGGGAUGGUCUGAGAUACGGCAAUAGGGUUUGGAAGCACACGCUGGGUACGAUACACACCCAUUCCAUCAACUAUAAAGUGGAUUUGGAUGUGGGAGGAAACACGUGUAAGUUGGAUCCUGAUUCUCGGACUUCAAAGCCGCUGCAGUGA